AUCGGAAUAUCCAUGACCAUUUGAUGUCCUACGGAAAGGAGGGAUCUAUUUUUCCUCCGACAACAAAGGUCGUUGCUUUGACAUGCGUUGCUUUCAGUCUCCGUUAACUAGUGGCCUGCGGCGGAGUUAGGAUUUAGGUUAGAUCUAGAACGGUUUUGGUAUCUAUCGUGUAUCAAUGCCGGUAGUGGGUGACUAGUUUUAAUUUCCAAGAACCACACUCGUGAUUUUAAUUGAUCAAUGAUCUGAGUGAUGGUAGAUAAAAGAAAGAGAUCUUUUUAAUAUUCGGCAAAGAAUUUUAUGGACCAAUUUUGAGAAAUGGAUAGUACGUCUAAAAAACAAAGGAAACCUAACCCAAGAGAAAAUGCUUUUCCAUUAUCAGUUGUGACCUUUUCAUACCUCAUUCCAACUUUCAUCCAAGGCUUCAAAAGGGACCUUACAGAGGCCGACUUAACAGAAACAUUAAACGAACACAAAUCCAAAGCUUUGGGCGAUAGAUUAGAGCGAGCAUGGCAGAAAGAAGAAGAAAGAGCAAAAAAGAAGAAAAAAACACCUUCGUUAAGGAGGGCUUUGUUUAGGGUAUUUGGCCUAGAGUUUAUGAUCUACGGAAUAAUUUUAGCUGUAAGUGAAUCUAUUAGAUUAUGCCAACCCUAUUGUUUGGGAAAAUUGGUGCAUUAUUUCAGUGAUGCCGCAUUUCGAAAACAAAUAAUUCAACCAAUUGCCAUAGGAAGAUUGCUGGAUUUUUAUUCUCCAAGCAAUACAGAAAUAACUAAAGAUGAUGCUUAUAUUUAUGCUGGUGCUGUUGUAUUAUGUUCCUUGAUAAACGUUUUGGUUGUUCAUCCCUAUAUGUUGGGUGUGUCCCAUCUAGGGAUGAAGGUGAGGGUAGCCUGCUGCUCUCUUAUCUACAGAAAAGCCUUGAGAUUGAGCAAUUCAGCUCUUGGACAGACGACGAUUGGGCAAGUGGUCAAUCUUCUCUCGAAUGACGUUAACAGGUUCGAUGUUUCGCUUAUUUUUGGACACCAGCUGUGGGUGGCGCCACUGGAGACGAUUGUGGUGUCAUAUCUGCUGUACCUGGAGAUUGGAGUUUCGGCGUUUCUUGGUAUUGUACUCCUUUUGGUGUUCAUUCCCAUGCAAAUUUAUGUUGGGAGAAAAAUUUCCAUUGUGCGUUUAAAAACAGCUCUGAGAACAGAUGAAAGAGUUCGUUUGAUGAGUGAAAUCAUCAAUGGUAUUCAAGUUAUCAAAAUGUACGCUUGGGAGAAACCAUUCGCUAAAUUAAUUGGAAUAGCCAGAAGAUAUGAAAUCAAAAUGCUCAGGAUAGCAGGCUUCAUGAAAGGAAUAAUUCUAUCCUUCAUCAUCUUCAACACAAGGUUAUCCAUAUUCGCAAGUAUCAUCGCUUAUGUUCUCCUCGGAAACAGCAUCAAUGCUGAAAAGGUAUUCGUUUUGACGUCAUUCUACAACAUAUUGAGAGCAACAAUGACUGUGUUCUUCCCAACUGGUAUAGUAAUGGUAGCAGAAGCCAACGUUUCAGUCAACAGACUGAACAAAUUCCUCAACUACGAGGAGAGAUCUCCGAAUGACGAUAAGAAAGAGAUCCAAAAAAGUUUAAAAGAUAAGAAACAGUUCGAAGAAAGCGCUGAAACAACCAUGAAUGGUGUCCAAACAAGCAUUUCGAAAAAAGAUGAAAACAUGGGUAUUUUUAUGAAGAAUGGUUGGGCAAAAUGGAGCGAAGCUUCAAUCGACAACACACUGUCAGAAAUCACAUUUUCGGUGACUCCAGGAAAACUGUUGGCAGUCAUAGGACCAGUUGGAAGUGGAAAAUCCAGUUUAUUUCAAACAAUACUCAAGGAACUACCUCUGAUGGAUGGAACCUUAGAGGUUAAUGGUGAAAUCAGUUAUGCAUCACAAGAACCAUGGUUAUUCUCUGGAACAGUAAGACAAAACAUACUUUUCGGGUUACCAAUGGACAAACUACGUUAUAAAACUGUAGUUAAAACAUGUGCCUUAGAAAGAGACUUUACGCUUCUACCAUAUGGCGAUAAAACUUUAGUAGGUGAUAGAGGAGUAUCCCUCAGUGGUGGUCAAAGAGCAAGAAUAAAUUUAGCAAGAGCUGUAUAUAAGGAAGCUGAUAUUUACCUCUUAGAUGAUCCUUUAUCAGCUGUUGACACACAUGUAGGAAAAGAACUUUUCGAUAAAUGCAUAAAUGGUUACCUAAAAAAUAAAACAGUAAUAUUAAUCACCCAUCAGUUGCAAUAUUUGAAUGAUGUAGACCAUAUAAUUUAUUUAGACGAUGGAUUCAUGAAAGCAGAAGGCACAUUCAGAGAGUUACAAAAUACCGACCUCGACUUCACGAAACUGCUUGGAAAAGCCGAUAAUGAAGAAGAAAAAAAGAAAGAAAAGGAGGAAACGGAACUCAAGAGAUUGAAUUCAAUUGUUAGUAGAAGCUCAGUUGAAGAGGCUCCUGUACAGGUUGAGGAACAGAUGAGUAAAGGCAGCUUAGGUUUUUAUGUGUAUAAAGCUUAUUUGCGAGCUGGUGGGAAUUGGUGUGUCCUAUUCAUGUUAUUUAUGAUGUUCUUCAUUGUACAGGGUCUGGCCAGUGUUUCGGAUUAUUUCUUAACAUUUUGGGUAAAUCUAGAAGACAGAAAUUUCACAGAAGUUGAGAUUAUGCAAAAUAUUAGUUAUUCAACUGUUGUACCUCCCAUACAAAGUGAUGAUUUUUGGGAUUUCUCUCGAAACACCUGCAUCAUUAUAUAUUCCGUCAUAAUGGGCUCACUCGUUUUUCUGACCCUUGUGAGAUCCUUCUCCUUCUUUGUCAUUUGCAUGAGAGCUUCUACAAGGCUACACGAUAACAUGUUUGGAAGUAUUUCGAUAGCCACAAUGAACUUCUUCAAUAACAAUCCUGCCGGGAGGAUUCUGAAUAGAUUUUCUAAGGACAUGGGAGCUGUGGACGAACAAUUACCUGGAGCUAUGAUUGAUUGUUUACAAAUUGGACUGACACUUGUGGGUAUAAUCAUUGUUAUUGGAGCAAUUAGCCCCAUCUUAUUAGGGCCAACAGCAGUGAUGGCCAUCAUAUUUUAUUUACUCAGAUCUUUCUACCUGAGUACCAGUAGGAAUGUCAAGAGAUUGGAAGGAGUUACUCGAAGUCCAGUUUUCUCUCAUAUUAACGCAACUCUCAAUGGUUUGACAACAAUUAGAGCUUUUGAAGCUCAAGAAAUUUUGACUAAAGAAUUUGACACCCAUCAAGAUCUGCACAGUUCUGCUUGGUUCAGUUUCAUAGCAACAUCAAGGGCGUUUGGAUAUUGGCUGGAUUUGAUCUGUAUUGUUUAUAUUAUCGUAGUAACUUUCAGUUUUCUACUCAUUGACGAUGAUCAUUUUGGCGGCAACGUCGGUCUUGUGAUAACACAGGCUAUUGGUAUCACUGGAAUGUUGCAAUGGGGUAUGAGGCAGUCAACUGAGUUAGAAAACCAGAUGACUUCAGUGGAGAGAGUUGUAGAAUACAGCUCGAUAGAGCAUGAGAGAGCAUUAGAAACCGAAGAAUCCAAGAAACCAAAAUCAAGCUGGCCUGAAUUUGGAAAGAUCAUAUUUAAAAAUCUCUAUUUGAGAUAUGCCUCUGGAGAUCCACCAGUUCUUAAGCACCUGAAUUUCACUAUUUUGCCCAAAGAAAAGGUGGGAAUAGUUGGACGUACUGGUGCAGGAAAAUCUUCUCUAAUAAACGCAUUAUUCCAACUUUCUCUGACUGAAGGUCAGAUCAUAAUUGAUGAUGUCGAUAUCACCAAAUUGGGUCUUCAUGAUCUAAGAUCCAAGAUAUCUAUCAUUCCACAGGAACCAGUUCUAUUCUCUGGAUCUUUGAGAAAGAAUUUAGAUCCCUUCGAUGAGUACUCCGAUGUUGACUUGUGGAAGGCACUUGAAGAAGUGGAAUUGAAAGAAGCAGUAAAUGAUCUCACCUCCGGUUUGAACUCCAUGGUAUCUGAAGGAGGCUCCAAUUUCAGCAUAGGACAAAGGCAGCUUGUCUGCUUGGCUAGGGCUAUUCUCCGUAAUAACAGAAUAUUGGUACUUGAUGAAGCCACAGCAAAUGUAGAUCCACAAACUGAUAGUUUAAUUCAAAAUACCAUAAGACAGAAGUUUGCCGAAUGUACUGUUCUUACGAUAGCUCAUAGACUCCAUACAGUUAUGGAUUCUGAUAAAGUUUUAGUUAUGGAUGCUGGAACUGUUAAAGAAUUUGAUCAUCCCUAUAUUUUACUUCAAAAUAAGGAGGGAAUUUUCAGUGGAAUGUUAGAACAAACUGGAAGAGCUACUGCAGAAAUGCUUCAUGGAAUAGCCAAAAAUCAUUAUGAUUCAAUUCACUAACAAGAAUAUCACCAGAUAUAUCGAAUCAAUAGAUGAAGAGUCAUCUUCAUUUUUAAGAUGAAAAAGACGUGGGUGUGCAGAAACAUGGAGAAGAAACAUUAAGGAUCUGGAAGAAAUUAUUUUUCAAAGCAGUUCUACAAUUUACAUUUAAGAUGGCUGAUUUUGUAUAUAAAUCCAACAUGAACAAUAGCUAUAUAUUUAAUUGAAAAUGAAAUAUUAAAUAAAUCAUAUAAAUCAAACGAAAAUGUACUUAUAUUGCACUUUGGGACAAAUUUAAAGAUACAUAGUACUUGUUAAAAUAAUCUAAUUGUUAACUUAUGCCUCUGAAUCAAAAUCUGGUUAUAUCUAUAAAAAUCAGAAUUAAUAUAUAUUUUUGUAAUCAACAAAUAGACAUGUGUUCACAAUAAAGUUUUUAUAAAAUUUUGA